AUGCCCGAAAUUGCCAGUGAGAUAUCUGCGGAAGUGAGUGCUUCAGCCGUCCGUAUCGAUCUGCUGCUACCACCUUUGUUGGCCGCACAACGCUCGUCAUGGGAGCAGGGAGUCGCAGCACAGGCUCUGCUCGAAUGCUACCAGUUUUUCGUGCGAGAGGAUAUCCCAAAGCCCCAGCAGGAGGCUCAUUUCUUACCGUACCUCUACGCAUUUGCCCACGAGUCUCUUGUUCGCCAAGCAUCCGACGGCCGCCUUGCAACUUUGCUCAAUGGCAAUGGGGCUUCAGACUCUGGUGCUGCCGAUCCCGCUAGCAACGGGGAACCUAUAUAUUUCCUGCUGGCUCUUUCGGAACGUCUGGGUCACGUCUUUCCCCCACCCGCUUCAGCCACGAAUGCCUCUCUAGCCGAAGGAGUGGAUGGGAUGCUGUCAUACAUAGUUGACGCUUGCCCUCGUGCUCCAAUUAAUGGCGAUAAUAGCGAUACUGAAGAUCAGAUGAAACUGUUCUCUCAUCGCACUGACGCGGUGCAGAUCUGGUCUGAUACUGUCUACAUGCUCCCGCCCUUCCUCGUAUCGGCAGCCAUUUUCCAUCUCGACCACCCACAUCCUCGUUACCAAUCUAUCACCCUCCUUCACAUGGGUCUGCAGCAGAUCCUACUCGCAGCUCAGGCGCUACAAGGACACUCGGGUGAAUGGUCCCAUAUAUAUGAUCUCUCUGCAAAGGAGUAUAACAGGCCCGCGCCAUGGGGAGUUGGGAAUGGUUGGGUUUGUUGUGGGAUUGUUCGAGUACUUCGCAUGCUGAAUUGUCGGGUUUCCGAGGAGGAUGCAGAUCCAAUGUCCUCUCGAGCUCUGGCAACUCUUCUGCUACACCAUCCUCAGCUCAUUGACAAGCUUCGUCGGUGCUUGAACGUGCUCGCGACAACUAUGUGCGCAUGUUUAAAGCGCAUCCGCCUCGAUGGCUUGUUCCACGACAUACUCGAUAAUGAAUCCACAUUUGUGGAGACAAAUUUAUCGCAACAACUUUCCUACACGCUCGUCCGUUUACUCGACCUUCGCCUGCACCAUCGAGAUUUUAUAGCCCCCAUGCUUUCUUCUGAGAUUCUGGAAGAAACAUGGAGGCAAUGGGAGCGGGUAGCAGAAACUAUGCGUACUGCGGCAGUCGGUAAGACCGACGCAUGGGGAUUUGUGCGCGAUGUGUGCGGAAGUCCUUCAUUUGACAAGCCAGGCACAGCCGCGGAAGGACAGGCAUGGGGGAUUAUGAUGGAGACCGCUAGAGCAGAAUACUUUGUCCGCAGAAGACAUUUCGAAGCAAUAUGCUCAAACUGA